GAACCACGGAACUACUUGAGCUCCUCUGAGCCAACUUUUGAGCUUUGUUUUUAAAUGGAAGUGCGGCAAAAGACUACAGCAGCACGCCGAGGAUUAUGAACGUUUUACGGAGUAAGUGAACACUAGAGUCCGGUCCGAAAACUGUAUUUAAGGACGGAAGUCACUGUUGAAGACUGUGGCCACUGGAGAUACAGAUAACGACGGAGUGAACCAGGAGGACGCGCUCUCAGAGGGAGGAGCCAUGUGGUGGUUCCAGCAGGGUCUGUGCAUCCUGCCCGUUGCUCUGGUCAUCUGGACAGCAGCGUCCUUCAUCUUUGCUUACAUCACAGCCGUGGUGCUGAGACAUGUGGAUCCCCUGCUGCCGUACAUCAGUGAUACAGGAACCAUGCCUCCAGAGAGAUGUGUGUUUGGCAUCAUGCUGGAUAUUUCAGCGUUUUUAGGCAUGGCCACCGUCUACGUGCGUUACAAGCAGGUGGAGGCUCUGAUUGAUGAUGAGGACGUCAAACAAAGGAGACUUAACCUUUCCGGCUUGCUGCUCGGCUUCAUCAGCUCCUUCGGGAUGUGUGUGGUUGCAAACUUCCAGAAGACCACGCUGUUCUCCAUGCACCUGGUGGGGGCCGUGUUGACCUUCGGGGUGGGGGCUCUCUACAUCCUGGUCCAGACGCUGCUGUCGCUUUACAUGCAGCCUCGAGUCCACAGUAAGACCACCUACGUGGUCCGGCUAUGUAUCGGAGUGUGGACUUUUACCAGCAUCAUCAGCAUGUUUGUAUCAUCGGUCAUCAUGUACACCAGCCUGAGAGGAGUAGACGUUCCUCAGAAGCUUCACUGGACUCCUGGAGAGACGGGCUACACGGCUCACAUCAUCAGCACAGUGUCUGAGUGGUCGCUGGCCUUCUCCUUCAUCAUGUUCUUCCUCACCUACAUCAGAGACUUCCAGAAAAUCGACUUGCGAGCAGAGGCAGUUUUACAGAGCAGUCACCUGUACGACCUGCCGCCGGGUCACAAACGUGAAUCCUCCGAAUCGUCUCCACUGCUGGGAGGAGGGACAUGACGAGGAGCACUACCAAAGAUUUUAAGCUGGUUUUACCUUUCUAUUAAUCAUUUUUAUACUAAAAUACUCUUAAUCACAGUGUUGCAGCUCUUAAAGGAGCAGUACAUCUGAAUAUUUUUACUUUUUACAUGUUUGUUAGAUACCUCCCUACUUGUGCAGUGGGAUUUAAUUUGAGCCUUCAAUAUUAUUCAAACACUUAUUUCUUAUCAUUAUUUCAAAGUUCCUAAUCAGUUCUACAGGAGGCAAAAAUAGUCAAAUCUGCAAAUGUUAACCAAAACUUGAAAGGAAGAAGAGAUUCUGCGUUGAUUUUUUCCAAAAAUGGGUGAAAUGACCCUUUAAAUGCAUAUCUGUUUUGAUGCAUUGUACUUUUCCCCUAAGCCGUAAAAGCUCCAGUAAUUUUUCCCUCUUCGGUGCUGCAUGUAACAAUUUAUACUUGAAAUUAAUCUUCAACUCUUCUACUGUGUUGUUCUUAGUUUUAAUAUGAGCCCACUGAAAAGUUUAGAGUCCAGCAGGAGUGUUAGAAAUGUUUAAAACUAUUAUUUUUAGAUCAUAGUGUUAAAGUUUAAUGAAAAGAGACUUCUGCAAAGUUUAAGAAUCAAUCUAUGCACAGACAACAGCAUAGUUUAGUAUUUUCAUAUAUUUCUAACAUCGUGUGUACAUAAAUCAUGUUCUAAUAAAGAUUUAUCUCCUGUUUGUAGCUCUGAGCUCUGAAUGUGUUACAUCUAUUAAAUAAAAACAGGGUAUAUGCAGAAAAUCUGACAUUAAACU